UCCGGCCUGAAGCCUCCUCCUCCCCCUUCUCCUCCUCCUCCUCCUCCUCCUCCACCCUGUCACCUCCUCCUGGGUGUCAGACCUCCUCCAUCGGGCUCGAGAUGCUGUCCUUGCUCUGCGGAUCACUGCUGCUCCUCCUGGCCCAGCAGUGUGUGAGCGGGGCUGGGGGCCGCGCCGUGGCCACUGGGGGCCGCCGGCCGGUGUGCCAGUGGCCGUGCCGCUGCGGGCCCCGGGCGGCGUGCGCGCCGGGGGUGAGCGCCGUGCUGGACGGCUGCGGCUGCUGUAAGAGCUGCGCCCGGCAGCAGCGGCAGGCCUGCAACGAGAGGGACGUGUGCGACCCGCACAAGGGCCUCUACUGCGACUACUCCGCCGACCGACCCCGCUUCCAAGUGGGCGUCUGCGCCUACAUGCUGGCGGUGGGCUGCGAUCUGAACGGGCGUCACUUCGAGAACGGCCACGCCUUCGAGCCCAGCCCGCUCUACAAGUGCACCUGCAUCGCCGGCGCCAUCGGCUGCACCCCCGCCUUCACCCACACACCUGCCGGCCUCUUAGGCUCCGCCCCCCCGAAACCAGCAGGCCUCCUCAGCGGCCCCGGGGCCCGCAAGAACCUGCAGGACACCAGCUACAGGCCAGCUUACAGGGAUCCUCCUUUAGCCUGGAAGAGGAACUGCCUGGUGCAGACCACGCCCUGGAGCGUCUGCUCCAAGACCUGCGGUGUGGGCAUGUCCGUCCGCGUAACCAACGACAACGCCAAGUGUGAGAUGAGGAAGGACCGGAGGCUGUGUCUGCUGCGGCCCUGCGACAAGAACCUGCUCAAGAGCUUCAAGGCCCCCAAGGGGAAGACGUGCCGGGCCCAGGUCCCUGCGCGGCGCGCAGAGCGGCUGGUGCUGUCGGGGUGCAGCAGCACCCAGCGGGUGAGGCCCACCUACUGCGGCCUGUGUGGCGGCGGCGGCGGCGGCGGCUGCUGCGUGCCCGACGCCUCCAGCAUGCGCACCUUAGAGUUCAGGUGCAAGGGCGCGGCCGGCGUGCGCUGGAAGGUGCAGUGGAUCACGUCCUGCGUCUGCAAAAGGAAGUGUGACGACCCCGGGGACAUGUUCACCGAGCUGCACUUCCUGUGAGGAGGGGAGGAGGCGGAACUUCCAGAGGAGGGAGGAGGCGGAGCUUCCAGAGGAGGGAGGAGGCGGAGCUUCCAGAGAAGGGAAGAGGCGGAGCUUAGACAAGAGCCUUAGGGACACAAGAGACAGAAACACACACAGACUAUAUAUUAAAUGGAGUAGACGUAGCUUAGACUUGUAUUUACAUAGAGAACGCACUGGGCUGUUAGGAGACAGACAGAUAGUCAUACAGACAGACAGACAGUCAUACAGACAGACAGACAGACAGACAGACAGUCAUACAGACAGACAGACAAUCAUACAGAGAGACAGACAGACAGACAGUCAUACAGACAGACAGACAAUCAUACAGACAGACAGACAGUCAUACAGACAGACAGACAGACAGACAGACAGUCAUACAGACAGACAGACAAUCAUACAGAGAGACAGACAGACAGACCUUCAUGUAGCGAUCUGCAGUCUGGGGGCGUCGUGGGGGCAGGAGGAGGAGGCGCGGUCCAGCAGGUCGUACUCCUCUAUGAGGGAGGACAGGGACUCUGACGCCUGGCUGAACAGGCUGAGCUCCAUGCCUUCCUCCUGGAGGUAGUGGUGGAGAUGGGCCUGCAGGACACAGGCAACCGCUCAGAAACCCUCCCGUGUCUUUAUGAGCCCUCCCAUGUCUCUAUAAACCCUCCCAUGUCUCUAUAAACCCUCCCAUGUCUGUAUAAACCCUCCCAUGUCUGUAUAAACCCUCCCAUGUCUCUAUAAACCCUCCCAUGUCUCUAUAAACCCUCCCAUGUCUGUAUAAACCCUCCCAUGUCUUUAUAAACCCUCCCAUGUCUGUAUAAACCCUCCCGUGUCUGUAUAAACCCUCCCGUGUCUUUAUAAACCCUCCCAUGUCUUUAUAAACCCUCCCAUGUCUCUAUAAACCCUCCCAUGUCUCUAUAAACCCUCCAAUGUCUGUAUAAACCCUCCCAUGUCUGUAUAAACCCUCACAUGUCUUUAUAAACCCUCCCAUGUCUCUAUAAACCCUCCCAUGUCUGUAUAAACCCUCCCAUGUCUCUAUAAACCCUCCCAUGUCUCUAUAAACCCUCCCAUGUCUGUAUAAACCCUCCCAUGUCUGUAUAAACCCUCACAUGUCUUUAUAAACCCUCCCAUGUCUCUAUAAACCCUCACAUGUCUUUAUAAACCCUCCCAUGUCUUUAUAAACCCUCCCAUGUCUCUAUAAACCCUCCCAUGUCUGUAUAAACCCUCCCAUGUCUGUAUAAACCCUCCCAUGUCUUUAUAAACCCUCCCAUGUCUUUAUAAACCCUCCCAUGUCUGUAUAAAACCUACCAUGUCUUCAUAAACCCUCCCAUGUCUUUAUAAACCCUACCAUGUCUGUAUAAACCCUCCCAUGUCUUUAUAAACCCUCCCAUGUCCUUCCAACUUUCAAUCACCAACUUGUUUAUAGGAAAUUUGUUUUUCAAACUGGAAUUAAAAUAUGAUGUUAAA